CCAUAUGUGAACAACUAAACUGUAUUAUUUUCAUUUGGUAAUACACGCACUCAGGGAACCAAAUGUACUGUACAGUGUUUUAGAAUUGAUGCCGUGUGACUUUUGUACACCAGUUGUAAGCAGAGAAUAUUCCUCAAGGGUAUUUGUCUUUCUCCCGACAUUUUGUGUUGUCCUAAUUUUGCACUGAUCUUCCAAAUAAAAAAAAAAACAACAACUUUAUUUUGUUCUUGACCCUAAUGCCUUCCUACUGUAUGUGUUGUCUGCCUCAUAUACAUAAGAGUAAAAAAUUCAAAACACUUUCCGAAAGCGAUUACAAGGUUCACAAAGCAGAACCGAGAAAGUUGCGAAGGAAAAAAAAAAAACAACUCUCGUUUUUCUUUCUCUAAGGACUCUUGCUAUGUUCCUGUCCCAACACUUUAAGGAAAACUACCGAAGUGCGGUUGUAAAAAAACAAAUCUAGCACACUUUCGACAAAGAAGUCAACGAAAGCGAUGCCCACACAGCUCUCCCAUUCUAAAAGCAGCUGCUAAGCCCCUCGUGCCCACUCGCACAGUCAAAGCCGUUGCUGCGGGCGGAGCCCCUCCCUCGCCGGGCCGUGUGACACCUGUCAAUCACUGUUGCGUGCGCUCCCACUAUGUAAAUGACGUCGGGUGACGUCACGCGCAGAGCGAGAGGAGGACAGACAGAAUGGCUGCCCAGUGCCGUAGCUCCAAAUGCACGGCAGAGAGGAAAGGAUUCCGGCGGGAACUCGAUUCCUGGCGGCACAAACUCAUUCACUGUGUAGGUUUUGAAAGUAUUUUAGAAGGAAUCUAUGGACCAAGGCUGCUUAGGGAUCUCAGUAUAUUUGAUGACUGUGAACCAGAUGUGGUCACCGACUGGUCAGUGGAUGCAAGCUGUUCCUUCUGCAAUCUACAAUUAGAAAAGCUCAAUGACCAUAUUCCCACUGUCAGUUCAUCACAGUCAACUCCUACAGAAGAAUCUCCAUCUCAGGGCCAGUCUAACACUGAGAAAAUUGAAUGCCAAGCAGACAAGUUUCUUCAUGCAAUCUUUCGAAAGAAAGACCUUCCUCAGAACUGUGAUCCAAACAUUCCCUUAGUUGCUCAGGAAUUAAUGAAAAAGAUGAUCCGCCGGUUUGCAAUUGAGUAUGCUUCGAAAAGUCGUCGGAUACAGGAAGCAAAAAAUGGAACAUCCGUGGAUGUGGAUUCAGUCUGUAGCAGUCUCCAACAAUUCCAAGAUCAAGAUGGACCAUUAGACCUCACUGUGAACAGAAACCAUCUGAAUGUUGAACAAGCAGAUGGCGUGCUUGAUCUCUCGAAAAAAAAUAGUGCCAGUUCUACAUCAUCAAGAAAUGUAUCCACUAAUCACAAAGCUUCAGGCUCCCAGGUUCCAGCUGAUGUUGAUCCACAGCUACCCUUGCAAAGCAGAGAUGAAAACGUGGGAAUAAGGAGUACUGCACUGGAAAUGGUUCUUUCAUCGUUGUGCCUAUACCAUAAGAAGCUGCUUUACAGUAUUUUGAGGUGUAUACAUGAAGAUUACAGCAUUUCAUCUACUCAGUAUAAAGAUGUCCACAGACAUUUUCCAUAUACAGAAACCUUGUGCUAUCAUUUGGGAAAGGAAUCCCAUCAAGAUGUGUACAAUUUUGGUGAAUGCAAAAUCUCAAACGGGUGUUGUGUUCAAUCUUGUAGGCUAAAUACAUACCCUGUACAUCCACUUUGCAUCUGCCUGAAAAAUUUACAGUGCCUGUCAUGCCAAAGUACAGCUGUUGGUUGCAUUAACAAAAUUGUAAGUCACAGUAGUUGCAGUUGUUACAGUCAUCAGAGAUGUCCAUGUUCUUACCAGAAUUAUGAUUGUCCAUGCUUUAGUUCUGCUCAAAAUGGACCAAGCUCCCUUAUUCCUACUCAGAAAGUUUGUGACUUAUAUGAUUCCAGUAAUAGGGGUUCUAGCCCCUCUCCUCCACCAUUGUCACCAAUAACAAAUGAAAGCAAUGACAAAAGUGAAGAUAAGAGUACUGUUCACCCAGCAGUAAAUAGCAAAACGUCGAAUAACCAUCCUCCAUCUCUUUUACGACAUCAGCAGGAUGAUAGUGUCCCAUCAAAUGAAGAUACAUCUACAAUAGAAACAAAUGGUAGCUUUUGUGAGACUCAAAUUCAGGCACAUAAUGAGAAGGACACUGGAUGUUGUACCCCUGAGAAACAUUUUGAACAAUCUCCAAGUGGUAUUUUGAUUCAAGAUAUAAUGGAGAGAAUAAAUGAGAAACUGAAAACAAUUGAACAACUGGAAAAAGAGCCAAGUCUAACAAGUUUGAACACUCACCAAAGCCUAGAGUGCAGUAAUGACACUCACCUGGGAGAAAUUAUAACUGCAAUUUUACACCAUGAUAAUGACCCAGAUUAUAACUUAAAAGAGCUCCUUCAUCAACAUGAGACCAACAUUGAGAGUAAAACUAUUCAAACACGUUUUCGGAGAAGACAGGAAACUCUGAUUGCAAUACACCAGUCUCCAGAUUCGCCUUCAUCACGCCGUCAGACUUUGCAAAUCAAAAGAGAAAUUGCUAGCCUGGAUCAGUCUUUCUUUAGAAGAAAUUUAUCCUUGGAAAGAAGCUGGAAAAAAAAUAACCAGAUUAAUGAUGUUACACAUUCCUCCAGCAUGGAACCAUUGCCUUUAACUUCAGAAACUGAGAGUAUUUUGAAUAGUACAGAUUCUGGAAAGGCACAACCCCCUUGUGACGGUCAAAGUCUUACCUCUCAAACAGAAAGCAAUGAGCAGCUUCUGCAAGAGAUGCAUCAUAAAACUAUGAACAUUCAGGAAGAAAAUGACUCAACUAUAUUGAAUACAAGAAAUAAGCCUGUUGACUCUGGAGAAAUCUUUCAAAUACCAAGUAAAAGAAAGAUUGCAAAAGCAGAAGAACAAGGCCCUGUCAACACAGUGAGUCUUUCACAGCCUAACAGUUCUAGUGGUGCAGGGAGAUCUAGAAGAAACAUAGUUCCUCCACAAAGAUUUUCGUUGUAUGUGACAGAGCCUCGAAAGAUGUGCUUUGCUGCCUGCUUUUCAGAAAAUAUUUUUAAUCGUAGAUCUCCAAAAGCUGACAGAUCUCCAGAAUCCAGUGGAAAUGUAGAACUAAACCAUUCUAGAAAAGAAGCUUUAACAGAACCAGACGCCCUGAAGAAAACGUCCAAUCCUGUUAUGUCUGAAAAUGUGAGGCAGAAAGUUAAUGUACCUGUGAAUCUUUGUAAGAAAUCUGCAUGUCAGAAUAAAGCUGGGGGUUCAAGGAGCAUUUCAGGUACAGCACAAGACUCAAAAACUGUGCACAAAAAGGGUGGUGAAGAGGGUGAAGUGCAACACAAUUCUCAGGGACGGAAAAGGCAUCUGAGUGAAGUUUUUCCUAGAUCAUCAGUAUGGCUGAGGUCUUCUGUCUGUCGUAGCUGGGACAGUUCAGAUUCCUGCAUGCACUGUGAAUGUCCAGAGAAUUUAUCCAGAACCAUUUCGCCCAACAACAAAACUAUGUCGGUGUCCAUUGAAAAGAAGCGUAUUUCUCAGUAUGCUAGUCCGAUACGGCUGAUGUUUGUAUCUCCUGUUAGUAGCAAUGAUGGAGUAAAGUACACACUUAAAUCAGCCAUUUCUGACUCUGGCAUUCAAGGUGAAAUGUUUGACCCUUGUGAGUAUUCUGCAGUAAAUGGAACAUUACAAACUUCAUCCAGACAAUUAGAGAGCACUAAAGAUGUUGAACCACAGAUUUGUGUGAAUGUUUGUGAUGGGGAAGACAUUAAAAAAGAUGGUGUUACAGAUCUCUUAAGGUCAUUGUCUGGAAAUUUAAGUGAAGACGAGUGUGACGAUCAAAAAGAAACUACAAAUUCUCUGAAACUUGAAGUGGCAAAUGAAGACUUUCCUCUGAAAAGAAAGCCGGGUCGGCCAAAAAAACUUGGUCCACAAAUUGAAAAGCAAGUGAAAAGGCCAAUUGGCAGACCACCCAAACAUAAAGCAGAGAGUUCUACUACGAGCGAUUCUCAUGCUGUCAAUAAGAUCAGUGCAUCUCAGUCACCAAAGGGGGAGGAGGAAUGUGAAAGCAAAAACAUCCAAGUUACUGUAGUGUACGGGAGAUCAAGAAGAAUAAAGAGACUUGUGUCUGAAGGAGGAGAACAUUUUGGAAAGGACCACCAUGGAAACCAUGCAGAAUUAGAAAAUGAAUGUAGAAAUAACCACAAAAAUAACAGUGAUUCAAAAGGGAACAUAGAAGAGUUAAACAAGUCUCCUGAUUCACCUGACCGUUUUAACUUUGUUAGACCUGUGAAAGACAAGAAUUCUGCACCUCACCAUCGUAGCCACAUUAAAUGUCAAAAGGAGAAGUCAACAGCAUCAUUAAGAAAACCAGGGAGACCUCCAAAGGUUAAAAUUUCAGGUAUAUCUGUAACUGUUAACACAGUGUCCCCAAAGCAAAGAAAGGUUCGAAUUAGCAAAGACCUUCCAGAAUUCCUUGGUGAGUCAUCGCAACAGGUAAAGCUGUGUCUUGCAGAUGAUAGUGAAACUCACAAAAUGUCAAAGACUAUCAAAUCAUCUUCAGGUGGCUCUCAUAUAGGGAGUUCUGAAAAUCCAGAUGACAAAGAAAUGAACAAAAAGAACUCUCUGAUGCCACUUAGGCAUUCCGUGAGAGUGAGAAAACCUUCAAUCCAUUUAUUGCACUCAGUGGCUACAUCUAAUGCAUUUACUCAUAGCAACGCCUUGUUACGUAGAUCUCGAAAACUACUUUUAAACAAACUUAGCAAUGAGUCUCCUCCAAAAAAGUUGCCAAACCUUGAAAAGCCAAGAAAAGAACCAUCAGAAAAUGUACUUUCAGGGAACACAAAAACAAAUGAAGUGUCGGUAGACUCAAUUUUCACAUCAAAUGAAUCUCUCAAGUGGUGGCCUACGUCCGCUUCAGUUACUACAUUAUGUGAGGAGCUGAACAGGAGGAUUCAGCAGAUUACAGAUAGCUGGCUCUCGGUUGGGACUGAACCAGAGAGGAAGCUUCAAAGAGAAAAAGAAACAUCUCUCCAAGGAAGAACAAGGGCUGCAACAAAAAAUGACCAACCAAAUUAUCCAGGUUCUGCUGUAAAAAUGCUUUUUCAAACACAUUGCAAUAUGGAUAAACUGUGUGCUUGGUUCAUGCAAACUACAGAGACCCAGUCUUUGGCAAUAGUGAAAAAAGCAAAUGCUCGAAAUCCUUAUGAAAUUGUUCAGUACAAUCCUAACAGAAACACAAACAGUGUUGAUGUCUGCCCUAGCCCUCAAGCAGACCGUUUGAGAAAGCAUGUGAAAAAAUUUGCCCAGGCAUGUCCUAAGAGUCCAGCAAAACAUUUUGAAGCACAAGAAAGGAUGCACAGGGCCAGAAGACUAUGUGUCAAGAGAAGGCUUUCAUUACCAAAAUUAACACCCAUUGAAUUGCUACCCUUCCACCGAAGUAAACUGCGAUACAGAGGCAGGAGGUUGGGAACAUAUGCAAAUAUUUCUUGGAGAAAUAAAUCCAAAUUUUGCAGAAAGCAAGUGCUUAAGAGGCUAAAAAAAAGGCAUGACAGCAUUCUCGCUGUUCCAUUGAAUGAAGUUUCUUCUGAUUCUUUUCAUGAAAACAAAGACAUUCCUACAAAUUUCUUUCAUCCAAUGAAAGAAAAGUCACUUUCUUCUGUGGAGAAUGGAACUCAAACACUGAGCUUGUUUGCGCAAACUAGAGAACAUGACUUGACAGCCCCCCAGCCUCAAAAAAUUCAGAGAGGGACUAAUACUGUCCAGAACUCUGAAGAGAAAGCCUGUGCAAGUCCAUGGAGCCCAGAAAACAUAAAGGAAUGUCGAGUAUUCCUCACAAAAAUUAACUCUCCAGAAAAAAUAAAACACAAUGAAAAUGACAUUUUAGCAGAAAAUUCCAUUUUCAGUGACCUUGAUAAAUCUGAAUGCAGUCAAAUGAAAAGUGCAAUUGAAGAAUGUAAUUUUUGCACAGUGAAGCUAUAUGAUGUUUUAUCCUCUGCAAACAGUAUCUUGCCUACAGGUAAAGAGAGAGAAGACAAAGCAAGCAAAAAUGAAAUCAAGAAUACUGUCAGAAUAGACAGGCCUGAAAGAACUAGGUAUUCACCAAGGAAAUUGUUUGUGAACAUGCAGUCCACUGAUGAGCAACGUGAUGACAAGGAAUCCAUUGGUAACACCGAAACUGGAAAACAGCAAUGGAUGGUAACAAGAAAAAGAGCAAAUGUUUGCACGCAUGGGACAGAAGAUGCAAAAAGAAAGAGACAAUCUGUGAAUGGAUGGCCAUCAAGCAGGAAUUGUUCUGCUUUUGUGCUAGAAAACUCCAAAUAAGUUAAUGGGAUCACUCCUCUCCAUGAGAAGAGAAGAGCUGCAUAUGUGAAUUAGUCUUUAAUGCAAUGUGCCUUCUCAUUCAGUCAAUUGACUGAGUAACCCAGCAGCAGUAUCUCAGUAAGCAUCUUUGUAGUUGAAAUGAAAAAUGACUGAAAAUAGAACACAAUAACUAAGUGGUUGCACUAUUUUGUAUGUUUUCUUUUCCAUUAGUUCCUCUCUUAUCCUAUUUAAUAGGUUAUUAUAUUUGAGGUUCUAUUUGUAAGCAAAAGUCCUAAAUGGUAAAAAUGUCUUUUAAGAGGAAACAGUGUCCAUAUUUGUUUGUGUUGCUGUUUGAGUAGUGUGUAUUUUUCUUUUCAUUCUUCAAGUUCUGAAACCUAUAAAGUCCAGUGCACUUAUUUACUUGAUGUAGCUCAGUGCAAGCUGGCUUUUUGAAAGAACAUUACGAAGUUCACAAACAGUAAGCCAUUCAGAAGCCCAUCAGGCUUCUACUCUUCAUAGUAGUUAAUCGAUCUGAGGAUCUCGUUCAGUUCAGCCGUUUUUUUUUUAAGACACCAAAGCAUCUGUAGGUUCAAGGCAGUGGUUUUUGUUAAAAGCAUUUCAAUGUAAGAAAAAUGUAAAGAAAACUUACAUACAUUUAAACUAUUGUGGCAACACAAUGAGAUACAGAUAUUCCAUUUAGAUUUUCUGUGUAUUGUUAUUACUGAGGAACAUUUUUCAAGGUUAGAAUGUAGUUGUGUGAUCAUAAAAUUAAUAAAACCAUUCAUAAACUUUUGAAACCCAAAUUUAACACCUGGAUGUCUGUACCAACAAUUUCUGCAUUAAAGAUAUUCUUUGUAACAUAGAAGCAAUAUAUGUAAAGAGACAUUUACAUAGUAAAUGGAAUAUAGCAUUAUUAGUAAAGCUUUUUUAUAGAUGUUUUUGAGUUUUUCCUCUUCUGAAGCAAUCAUUAAUUAUACUUGCAUUUACUGUAACGUUGCUCUUUAAUGUGUAACGAAGCUUUAAUGUGUUUUAUGAAGUGGUUAGUACGUCUUUGAAUCCCAUAUUGUUGUUUUUUUUUGCAAUAUAAAAUAACACCUACCUCUUGUACAAAAUAUGGCACCUUAAAAUACAAAUUUCACAUCGUGUGGUUCCUGGAAUUUCCAGCCUUCAAAUGAAUGGAUGAAAAGUUCACGUUAAAUUCUGAUAUUGCAUUGAUGAAUUCUGAAAUUCUGAAAUCUGUAUGUAGCAUGACAAUGAAAAGCUCAACCUUGAAGUGUUGGCUCUCUUUGUUUCUGGUCUUAUUCACAGACAUUGUUCGUUGGAAAUGUGAAUUACUUUGUCUUAAUUUAUUCAACAUGAAAUAACAUAAAUAACAUGAAAUAAAAGAAAAUACCAAGCAUUACCAUCAAUAUUACUGGAUUAGAGUUAAAGUUAAAAACUGUAAAACAAAGAAAAUUCUUUACACUACAUUUAAAAUAGAUACAAAAUAUUUAAAAAAUCUCAAGUGUUCCUUAAAUUUGAAAAUAAUUUCAAAACCAGCUAUUGGAUAAGGCAACGUCUGACCCAGAGGAUAAAAAUAUACUAAUUUAAGGAACUUCAAAUUUAGGGAAAUUAUUUUUUUUCCAAAGCAUUACGCCACUUUAUGGUUUUUAAUACCACAUAUUAUCUGAAUGUAGUUGAAGAAUAUACAUAUGCCAGUGAUUUUACUGUAAAUUCUUUUAUUUUUUACUUAACUGAGACUGCAAAUAUUUGUUUGCUUUUAAGAUUCAUUUUUUCUCCAUAUCUCUGAAACAAUGGCAGCAGUCUGUUGAUUCUUGAUUUCCAAUGUCAAAUGGUAUUGGUUUUUGUCCAGGAGUACACAAUGUAUGCAUUAACUGUAGGAGAAUCUAUAGGUCUACUAUGAUAUACAGUAUGAGUUUAAUAAACAUCAAAUGACAUUGCCUAUGAUGUCUUUAACCUAGAAGGUAGAUUAAAGUCAUUUGCAUUUGCUGACUGCUAGCUUAAUACUUUGUACAUAAGUGGGGAUUUUGCAAAACUAGGUGGAACAUCAUGCCACCCCUUAGAAAUAACAUCUUACUCCAGUUUUAGAAGCUUUAUAUUAGCACUGCUGUUCCUUUUCAUUUUAAAUUAGGUUAAAUACAGGGAAAGCGUCUGUUAUUGAAUACCUUGGUAUACUGUUAGUAAAUCCUUGCUUGCUAGCCCUUUAAGUUUAAGUUUAAAGACCAACUUGUUUGAGCAGUCACUGCUGUCCCUACAAAUCAAUUAAAAAAAACUAGGCGGCAGCAUUACCAGUGUUCUUUGAAUUUAUUUAGCAGACACUGCCGAUUGGUAAAUUCUCUUGCACAGAGUAAUUUUGCAUGGUUUUAUCUUCCACUGGUUUUACUUUGAAAGCUUAUGUAGCUUCUGAAUGAGUUUUAAUUUGCAGCUUUUCUAUGAAGCAUUUACUUUUUUACACAUGGUUAUGUAUAGUUUUGAAGAGAUUCCCAGUGCUUUGAAGGGUGAAAGUGGAAUUGGAGUUAAAGGUUGAUAGCAACUAGUUCUGCAAAAUCCUGAACCAUGUAUAACUGCAGAUAUUUUAUGCAGCAAUAACCCAGGAAUCCUUUGGGAAUGAAAGCUUGUUACACUGUGGUCUUUAAAGGGUGAAGUGAUUAGGCUGGAAAUGUGGAUGCACUAUUUGUUUAUUUUUCCCUUUUUGAAACAUCUGCCAAGCGGAAUCCUCAGGGAUUGUAACUGUGUUGAAAAGGAAGCACCCUUUGACUAAAUGAAUGGUUGCAAUAAAUAUUUGUACUUGUUUAAAAUGCAUGGUGAACAACAAAAUCAAUAUCCAGUCCCACCUGUGAGGGAAUGCUGAGCAAGAACACAGCUUAUUUAACUCUAAUAAAUUUAAAUGAACAAUCUUGCAGUGGAGAAAUAAUAAAUUUUUCAUGCUUUCAUUUUGUUAUUUGAAACAUUCUAUGAUUGUUUCCUUAGCCUAACACAACUGCUGUAAAAUUACUUAUCUGAUGGAACUUUUAUAAUGAGCCUGUGUUCUGAGCCUUAAUUCUCUAAUUUGGCUUACUAAAGUGGCUUCAACAGCAUCUUUAGGUAUUAUAAUGAAAAUUGCUGGUCAUUCAAAAUCACCAAGGACAUGCAAGGAUUGUACUGAUCCGGCACGUUUCAUCUUUAUAUUGUGUAAAAAUACCAUGAUGGUUACAAGGUCUGAAAUAUUGAAAAAGCCCAACAUAUCGCAUACCCUUUGAUGGUUAAGUCCGCAAAGAAAUAACAUUUCAAAAUUCUAAAUCUUUAUAAAGAUUAUGGCAAAAAUGUGCUUAUUCAAUUUUAGAUAUAUAACCAUGCAAAAAAAUCCUUGGUUUAUCUUGUCAUUUUGCAAUAUAUUAAAAUUAUUCCUCAACAACUCUUAUUUUUUCUCAAACAUUAAUGUAUCAAAUGAUUAGUAAAGUGGUACAAAUAUUUACUGCAGCCAUUUAACACUCUAUACAGUAGGUAUAUAACUGUUUACAGUCAGGGGCAGCUCUGUUGUUCUCUGUAAAUACUCCUGUAUUUCUUUAUUUUGUCUUGGAGUUUUCUUAUUCUUUCAAUCCAGGUGACAUUUUAGCAGGCUUCAGUUACUUAGAACCCCCUUUUUAAUUAUCUACUUUUGAAAACAAUCUACUACUAUUCAACAUAUUGAACGUUCAACAAGAAAAAAGGAAAAAUCAAUUAUUUAACCUAUUUAUUAGUAUGUUGCCUGUGUUUAGUUCUGCUGUAUUUGUUUUCUAAUAAAACGUAGAUGUUGUAAGAUGCAUCGUAACCAUGAAUGCCUGUGAGGUUUGUUAAUGCCUGGUGCUAUGUUUUCUUCAUCCUAAAAGUUAUAUUUAUGUUUUUAUACAUGACUUUACAGAAAAGCUUGUAACAAGGUAGUGUCAGUAGAAGAAUAAAGAUUUUGUUUAACAUGU